UCACAUUCACAAUCAUCAUCUUCUCAUUCCAGCUGUCUCCUUUUAUUACAUCUCUUAUUCUACUGCAUAAUACACCACAUGCACCACUUGGGUUUGGGUAUAUCCUUUUAAAAGCUGACACUUACUUUCUCUCUGUCACACACACACACACACAAAAGAAACUAAAAAAGAUUAGGAAAAAUGGGGAGCUUAGGUUUUUCAUCUGAGUUGAGUUUAAGCCCAGUUGCUGAAUUUGAUUCUUACCCAGAAACAGAGUUGGAUGAGUUUGUGCCUGAAAACAGAGUUCCCAAGAAGAAAAGCCAGGUGUUUCUGGAAGGUUAUGUUGAAACAAAGGAUCAGGAUGAAUUGGGAAGAAGUAAGUCCUUGACAGAUGAAGAUCUUGAGGAGUUAAAGGGGUGCUUGGAUUUGGGUUUUGGGUUUAGUUAUGAGGAAAUCCCUGAGCUCUGUAAUACUCUGCCAGCUCUUGAGCUUUGUUAUUCUUUGAGCCAGAAGUUUCUUGAUGACCAACAACAGCAGCAGCAGGAUUCUUUGCCACCACCUGAGUCUCCCACGCCGCCUUGUGGACCUCUGGCUAGUUGGAAGAUCUCCAGUCCUGGUGAUCAUCCAGAAGAUGUUAAAGCAAGGCUUAAAUUUUGGGCUCAAGCUGUAGCAUGUACUGUUAAACUAUGCAACUAAUUUGUGCUAUUGCUAUGCAACAAGAGAUGAAAAUCUUAGCAUGGAUCUUCUUUACCUGGAGAUAGACUUCUCUGUCCAUGACAGGUGAUUACAAAAUACAAGAUCAGAGAAAUGUAAUUGUUAUCGGAGAUUAACCACCAAUACCAGAUUCAGGUCUGACUCAAAAUAUAUAUAUUUCUUCUUCUUACUUGUAACUUGACUAGUUUUGGUUCAACUUUGUUUUGGAAUAAUGAGAGUGUUUGACACGAAAAAUGUUUGGAUCAGUUACAUGUGAUUGUCUGGUUCAUGUUGCCUCUGAUGGCGAUGGUACUUGGAAAUUUUGUUACCAUAAGGGCAAAUAUAUGAAACAACUUAUUGCUCGCUUUAA